AUGUCUGAUUCUCCCAUCACGACUGCGCCCGUCGGGCCUCAAGAGAAGCCGAUCCUGGAGAAGCUGCUCCUCAUCAGAGACAAACUACUGCUUCUGAAGCAAGAUAAAAGCACCUAUGUCAAGUCCUCGGACGUCCUCCCUCUUUACGAGGAGGUGAUUGAGCAAGUGUCAAUCCUCAAUGAAGUCCGAGGUCCCGAGCAUCUGCUGCAGAACCGGGUCGACACAGUCCUAGACGACUCUCUACAACUGAUAUCUCUCUUCUUCAUGGCUGUGGGUCGAAACAACGAAGCGCCUGCGCUUUACGCAAUGACUGGCACCAUCACUCGCCUGUGCCGCCACCUCCUGGAGGCUGCGUUUUACAGCAAAAGAGACUUGAUCAGCUUGGAACACACGCUUAACAAGAUGCAGGCUACGCUGGACAGCAGCAAAGACAAAUACUCCCAUCACCUGUUGACCCGCAUCCAGUAUCGGUUGCAGGUGUGCCAAGGGAUGCUGCAAGAGCUGCACAAUUUCCUUGCUACCUUGUCGCCAGAAAUGACACCGACAUGGGAGAAGCUGGUGUCAAUCCUACGUGCCAUUGCAGCAUUAAACACUAGAAGCAAGUACAGUCAGAAAGAUCUCGAUGAGUUGCGUGAGCAACUGCUUCAGAUAAAGGCGACCAUGAAGGAUGGCGGACUGCCAGACGAGCAGGGCGAGGUUAAAGGCGGGCAAAACCUGGUUGUCCCACUUCUUGAGAGAUGUCUCAAGUUCACUGAUAUCGUUGAACAAAAGAAAGGAAAAAUCGACGAGCGAUUCAAAGACAUCUACGAGCAACUCAUUGAGAUCCGCAAUCAGCUCGACCGGCUGACCAUGACUCAAGCAUGGUCCCUUCGAGAGACCGACUUGUUCAUGUGGCAGAGAAAGCUAGAUCGUAUUGACGACUCCAGGAGAGAUGGGAACUUUUUCGAUGCCGAGGGUCACCCGGCCGAUCUUCACGCACAGAGGACACUCCUUUACCUCAUUCGGCGAGGAUAUGCCUACAUUUACCAGUUAUUGAUAGCAUCCGAGCCGGUGUCCGAAGCUCUGCUGCCGAUAUACAACCAACUUCUUACCCUACGAAAGUGCCUGAUUGAAGUGAAGAAGGCGGGAGGAGUGUCGAACCCACGAGAACUAUACCCCUAUAGCAUGAAACUCAAUUCCAUUGACAACAUGCGGGUGGACGGCAAGUUCCAGAUUGGAAAUGAUAUACCUGAAGGCCAAGGGAGUGUCAAUGAUCUGCUGGCGGAAUGCUAUGACCUUGCUUAUGACCUGAGGACUGCAGCCGAGGAAGAGAACGAGGAGGAGUAA